GUGUGCCAGGAGCGCUGCACCUCUCCCCGUGACUGGUGCUCUUCAAGGAUUUUUUUCCCCUCCCCUCUCCUUCGUCUCUUUUAUUUCCCCCCUCUUUCAUUUUGCAAUUCUUCUGCAUAGCCGUGACACCGGAUUGUUUUCUCUUUUUUUCUCUCUCUCUCUUUUUUUCACAUUUUUCUCCCCCCACGCCUUCCUCUCUCUCUCUCUCUGUCUCUCUUACUCUCUCUCUCUGGCUCUCUCUCCGUCUUUCUGUGACUUGCAACAAAAGGCUGACGGAGUGAGCCUGACGUCUGAAUGAAUAGCCCAAACCUGCUGUGAAGGGAGAGCAGAGGGAGACGGAGCAGGGAAGAGGAGGCUGAGGAGGAAAGAUACGACUGAUCUGGCUGAAGAGGCGGAAAGAGGAGAGCGCUAGAGAAGUGCUGAUUGCUGGCUGAAGACAAAUAGAGAUCCCGAUUUUUUUUUUCCCCUCCUCCUCUCUGGAGAUUAAAGGAGUUGAAAGCAGUGCCUUAACUGCACGGGUGGGGGGAGUGACGAUCGUAGUUCUCGCUCUCCUGUCCUCCCCCUCACCCACUGCCCUCCUGUGCCACCAUACGUUUUGGUUGUUUUUUUUUUCCUCCCCUUAAGAGUACAAGUCGUCUGAGAAAUUGAAAUGGAACUUCUGGGGGUGAGGUGACGAAGGAGGACAGAUUUGGAAACAAGCAGAGGGGAGAGCAAGAGAAGACAGCAUAGGAAGACAGAGAGGGAGGAGGGAGGCUGGAGUAGGAGGCAGAGAGGAGAGGAGAGGAGAGGAUAACCCCAGGGCAUACUGUGUGAGAAUACACCAACGCCCACUUCUUCUUCUUCUUUUUUUUCUUUUUUUUUCUGCCCCUCAUCAGUACGUUUCCUCUGCCAUGUGCAGCACCUGAUUUGAAGAAUGUGGAGACAUUUCCCAGGUAUUCGGCCCCAGAUUAUGAACGGGCCUAUGCACCCGCGCCCUCUGGUGGCGCUGCUGGAUGGGCGCGACUGCACUGUGGAGAUGCCCAUCCUCAAAGAUCUGGCCACCGUGGCUUUCUGUGACGCUCAGUCCACACAGGAGAUACAUGAAAAGGUGCUGAAUGAGGCCGUAGGGGCCAUGAUGUACCACACCAUCACCCUGACCAGAGAGGACUUGGAGAAGUUCAAGGCGCUGCGCAUCAUCAUUCGCAUCGGCAGCGGCUACGACAACAUCGACAUCAAGGCUGCCGGGGAGCUCGGCAUUGCAGUGUGUAAUAUUCCCUCAGCGGCCGUAGAAGAAACAGCAGACUCAACGCUUUGUCACAUCCUUAACCUGUACCGGCGAAACACCUGGCUGUACCAGGCUCUCCGGGAGGGCACGCGGGUCCAGAGCGUGGAGCAGAUCCGGGAGGUGGCGUCGGGAGCAGCCAGGAUCCGAGGAGAGACGUUGGGCCUGAUAGGAUUUGGUCGAUCAGGCCAGGCAGUGGCCAUGCGGGCCAAGGCGUUUGGCUUCAACGUGAUCUUCUACGACCCCUACCUCCAGGACGGCUUGGAGCGCUCGCUGGGCGUGCAGCGAGUCUAUACUCUCCAGGACCUGCUCUACCAGAGCGACUGCGUCUCCCUGCACUGCAACCUGAACGAACACAACCACCACCUCAUCAACGAUUUCACUAUCAAACAGAUGCGUCAAGGUGCUUUCUUGGUCAACUGUGCACGUGGGGGUCUGGUGGAUGAGAAGGCUUUGGCUCAGGCCCUGAAAGAAGGAAGGAUACGGGGCGCCGCCUUGGACGUCCAUGAGUCAGAACCUUUCAGCAGUUUUUCCCAAGGUCCUCUAAAAGACGCCCCCAACUUGAUCUGCACACCCCACACUGCCUGGUACAGCGAGCAGGCAUCGCUGGAGAUGAGAGAGGCCGCUGCCACAGAAAUUCGCAGAGCCAUAACCGGCCGUAUUCCCGACAGCCUCCGAAACUGCGUCAACAAAGAGUUCUUUGUUACCACGGCGCCCUGGGGAAUGAUGGAGCAGCAGCAGCCUCAAGUUCACCCGGAGAUCAAUGGUGCCGCCUACAGAUUUCCUCCUGGUGUGGUGGGCGUCGCCCCCGGUGGGAUUCCCGGACCUAUGGAGGGGUUGGUUGCCGGGGGAGUUCCCAUCGCCCACACCCUGCCCCCUGGCACCCAUCCGUCACAGGCCACCUCCCCCAACCAGCCCUCCAAACACGGCGACCCCAUGAGAGAGCACAUGACUGAGCCGUAGGACUGCUGCUGUAGCUGAGAAGAGGAGGAAACUAAAAAUUGAUGUAAACUAAAAGAAACAAACAAACAAACCCAGCGACCUAACAACUCAACCAUCCGACUAUACGUACGCUUGAUUUCAGCCAUCCGAACCUACCAGCAGACUGCCUGCCGGGCAACGUUUCACACUUUUUCUUCUUCUUCUUUUUUUUGUGUGAAACCACUAAGUGAGGACAGUGGACGUUAAUACACAAAUGAGCUGCCACACGGAUCUGAAAUCUCCCCUCCCUUCAUAUCUUUUAUCUUCAUUCCUUCUCGAUUUACGCAAUACUUUUUGAUUUAGUAUAUUUUAGGGAGAUUUCCUCCUGACUUAUGGGACACGUUGACAGUAGCCACGUGCAGGAUGGAAACCCUCCCCUCAAGCUCAACAGGACGACCCUGUUUCCUUCAGUCGCACCCAUUUCAGCACAAACAUACCCUGUGUUUAGUUUUUUUUUAACUUUCUUCUUUUUAUCCUAUAUUACUGUGUUUCUGUUCUUCAGUGUGUGAAAAUGAACAGAUUUACAGUUAUCAGACAAGAAAAGAAAAACAAACUGGACUCCAUUUUUGCCGGCUAGAGGCCGCCUGAGUGAAGAGAUGGGAUGCGGGGCAGUAGAUGUGGAAAAAUCAUCCUUUCAAACCAAAACGAGGAAAUAUAAAGAAUGAAAAUGGCAGGCUUUCAUGGUUAAAUAUCGUACAUGGACCACGUCACUUAAAUUAUGUAUUCCUGUUGUAACUUUUCCAAACUCUGCUGAACUGAGGUACUUUUAUUUGGUUAGAGUGGCGAACAGUGUCCCAAAUAUUAUCUGUUUGCAUCCAAAGGACCUUUGGAGAAAAAGAAAAAAGCUUCUGAAGUAUGAAAGUUUUUGGAAAAACAAAAACAGCAAAUCUCUUACUGACUCAGGAACAAUAUAAUAACCUUCAAUUCUGUCCAAAAAGGAAUAGAAAAAAGUAAAAAAACAAGAAAAAAAGGUCUUGAUUACUGCUCCUCACGUCUCCACGUCUUUCUCCAUUGUGGUAUUUUUUAUAUAUCAAAUGUACAUUUUUUGAUGUUCAAGCUUUUCACUCCUGUUAGAUUUGUAUUGCCUUGUUAAAUGUUCAUAUAAUCGUAGUCUGAUGUGACCAACCGCGUCCUCUCCUCCUUAUAGUUUCUUCCUCCUUGUUUUUCUGCUCUAAUGAAAGCCAGCUGUGACGCCCUCGGAGGCGUCGAGCCCUCUCGGAACAACGGCAGCCACGUUCAUUCCCUUUAGCCCCGUGACGUUAGCAAGAGGCGGCUGCUCGCAGAUUGUUUGGUUUUUAGUGUGAGUAUUUGUAUUUGUUUCUUGUACAAGGUGAACAUAUAGCAUACAGUGCAGCUGGAACCAAUAAAUAAAACUUACUGUUCUGAUUGAU